ACCCAGACUACGUCACACUCAUCAUCGCUUUUUGCUGGGCUUCGUCAAACACACAUACACAGACACAGACAAGUCCUCAAUUUGACAAUGUUGCGAUUAAUAGCCACGCGCCGUACCACUUUGGCUGCUUUGAAGAACAAAGGUGUUUGCCGUUACAGCACCAGCCUUCAGCCCACCGCCAAAGAAGUCGCUCCCAGUGUCGCUCAGUCUCCUAACCGUGCUACUACAUGGAGCCGCGAUCAACGUCCUAAGAACGAGGCCAUGGUUGGCCCCCGUUUCGAACAAAUGGAUUUAGAAGCUCAGCCCAACGGUAUGGCCGCCAUUGAAUUGAUUGCCGAGGAACCCGUUCACUUUGUCAACAAGCGUAUCGCUUCCUGCGAUGGAGGCGGCGGUGCUCUUGGUCAUCCUAAGGUGUACAUCAACUUGGAUAAGCCUGGCGCUCACGCAUGUGGUUACUGCGGUAUCCGUUUCCAAAUGGAAGAUCAUCAUCACUAGAAAAGAUUUGUCAACUAUAAUUGCAUCGGCAAAGAAGCUUACAACCUCGACAACAACAACAUCAAUCAAACUAAAAGACAAUAAAUCUCGAAGAAUAAAUUUCUUUCUUGUUGCUACAUAUACACCCAUCAGAAAAGGAAAUUAAGGA